CCGUAAUCCGCAACAUAGAGCAUGAAUUUUGCUCAAAAAGUUCAUUUUUUGGGAGUUUCUGGGUUGCGUGUACGUGGAAUUUUGAAUAAAAGAUUUAGGAAUGUUCCUGUAAGACGUUUUAUAGAUUCAAUUGCAACAAAAUUGUGUUUGUCUGAAUCCGAGAAACAGUUGUUGGAAUUUUCGCGACUUUUGUGUCAAACUGAAACCAAAUUACACCAGAAACCACAUCAAUUGUCUCAAAACGAGUCGAAGGACCACGUAUUGGAACAAUUAUCUGUUUUGCCAUGGAAAUCUAUUUGUAGCACAUACCAAACCUUCCAGGUGCUUACGAAGCAAUUACGUGAAUUAGGACAGUUUAUGAACGAUGAAAGCGACAAAGAACUCCUGCAACUAGCUGAGAGUGAAAAUAAUGAGAUUAUGAAGAAGACCCAUGAUGUGCUAGAAGGGAUGCACAAGCUUCUGUCACUGAAACCAAAUAACUACCAAGCUCCUGCGCUGUUAGAAGUUCGUGCAGGUGUUGGCGGAUCAGAAGCAGCCUUGUUUGCGUCUGAAUUGCUCAGCAUGUAUGAAAGAUACUGCGCAUUCCGUAAUUGGAAGUGGAAACCUCUGUCGCUGAGCAAGACAGAAAAUGGAAAUGGAAUAACCGAGGCUAUUGUUUCUGUCUCCGGACACGUAUAUGGUGAGCUGUUUCACGAAGCAGGUGUGCAUCGUGUACAGCGGACACCAGCAACGGAAACCAAAGGUCGCUUACACACAAGCACUGUAUCCGUAAUCGUUUUGCCUACCGUGAAUUCGCAGACUCUGGAAACCGAAAGCAAGCUCGAUGCAAACGAUAUACGCGUGGAUGUUAUGCGAGCCAAGGGCGCUGGCGGCCAGCACGUGAAUCGUACAGAGUCUGCAGUUCGAUUAACACACAUUCCUUCGGGUAUCACUGUUUGCAUGCAAGAUUCCCGCUCACAACACGAGAACAAGGAGCGAGCGCUCCUCAUUCUUCGAUCCCGCGUUGCUGCUCUUCGCCAUGAAAAUCUGCAGAAGCAGCAGCAUGACGCUCGCCGUAAGCAGGUUUCCUCUCCCGUACGUUCAGAAAAGAUUCGAACGUAUAACUACGCACAAAACCGCAUCACCGAUCACCGUUGUAGUUGUUCUAUGUACGACACGGAAGGUUUUAUGGAAGGUUCGAAACAGACGGAACAAUUCUUUUCGCGCAUUCGGAAUUGGUUCUCGCAACAGCAGUUUCAGUUGCUUUUGCAAAACUUAAGAAUGCUGCAUGACACAGGAACAAAUCCCGCUUCGUGAGCUCGAACAUAAAUUAAAACGCUUCCUCCGGGGCAAACUCUUUCAAUUGAGCAAAACCUCGCACAUUUCCCGUUUGAUAUCCUCUCUACCCCAAACAUCCCACUCACACCCUUUUCUCCGUUAGUUUCACCAUUUUCAUUCAAACAACACGUCCUCGUUAUUUUGGUUUUCUUCUUUGGGCUCCGAACCACAACAACUAAAC